UUUGAAUGUUAGUAUUGAUUUGUUAUCUGAGCCUCGAUAACAAAUCUAUCAUCUAUAGUAUGGAAUAAAAACUCGUCUUAUAUUGUGAUACAGGUUUGGAGCAUACCAAGUACAUCUUCAAAUGGCAACUUCAAAGGCGGAUGUAAUAGAUUUAACGACUUGUCCGAUUUGUUUAGAAAUUUUAAUGAAACCGAAAUAUUUACCGUGUUUACACACGUUCUGUGAGAAGUGUAUUGGGGCUUAUCUUACUUCCGCAUUUGAACAAGGUAAAAAUCAAAGUGCUGAAUGUCCUAUAUGUAGGUCGGUUAUACAGAUCCAUGAAUCAGGACUUUCGGCAAACGAGUGGGCAAACCGUUUGCCCGAUAAUUUUCUUUUAAUUAGUCUUAUCGACAGCGUCAAUCUGAAAAAUGCUGGAAAAGUUUGCACGUCUUGUGAAAGAAUGGACGAGAAGACUGAAGCAAAAUUCGCGUGUACCGACUGUUCGGACACUCUUUGCCAAAAUUGUUAUCGUUAUCACAAACAUCAUAAAAUAUUUGAAAACCACGAAGUAAUUCCGAUAGAAAAAUUUACAAGCGCAUUUGAGUUUCCCGUUAAAUUUCAAAGCAGUUGUUCAAAACAUAAAAAUGAGAAACUUAAAUUGUAUUGUUCAGAUCAUGUGAUUCCUUGCUGUUCCGUUUGUGUUUCCGUUGAACAUCGAAAAUGCGAAAAUGUCUGUACAAUUGAGGAUGCGGCACUUAUUUAUCACGACUCCAAUACUGUUAAAAACCUGCAAAACAUACUGACAUCAAUGGCAGGCGAUGUAAACAACAUCCUUUCAAAUACCAGCGAUGGAAUUACAACACUGAAUUCUCAGAGUAAAGAUGCUUUCCAAAAAGUUGAAAGUCUUAAGGAGAUUUUAGAUCAAAAAGUGAAAACGGUCACCGAUAGACUGAAAAGUGAAUUAACGAAAGAAUUUGAUAACGAAACAAAAAGGUUAGAGGAAAGAAAAACGAUUUUUGGAAAUGUUAAGAAACAACUUGACAACGAAAUAAAGGUACUGGAAACAUGCAUUGAAAAGGCGUCUGAUGUCCAGGUUAUGAUUGAAACUGGAAAAUUAAAGGGGAGAUUACUUGAACAUAAGAAACAUUUCGAAGUGCAACCGUUUGAUCAUUAUGUUAAAGUAGACGUCAACAUCGAUCAUUCUUUGGACGAGAGUUUUAAAAAGAUUGAUGGAGCAUGUCGUGUAACCAAUGUUGUAGCACCAGACACUAACAUGCAGUUGGCACACAGACAGUUUUCUGCUUGUUUAAAACUUAUAAAAUCUAUAGCUAAAUACGAGAAAUCUCAUUAUGAAGCUUGUUUCAUGAACAACAAUAAAAUAAUAGUAUCGUGUUGCGGAGAGAUGUCUUUGGAAAUCUUUGAUGUAAAGGGUAACAAAGUGAGAACACACAAACUGUCUUUCCAGCCAUUCGACAUUACAGAAUCAGGACCCAGUGAAGUAGCAGUUCUGAACGAUGGUAAACGUAAAAGCAAGGUACAUUUAAUAAAAAUCGACUCUACCGACACUAAUCAAACUCGAGUCAUUCACAUCAAGUCAGGUGUACAAAGCAUAUAUUUCUGUAGGGGAAAACUUUAUGCAGCAGACUCAAAGACUAUUACCAUUUAUGAUAAAUCUGGGAUUGCCAUUCGCGAAAUUAAAGACGCAAUUGGAGAGAACACGUAUAUUCAUUGCGAUUAUAAAGAUGUACUGUACGUUUCAGACAAAUCAUCAAUCGUUAAAAAAGCUGAAAACGGACAAGACCAAUUUCGAUUUACUCAUCGCGACCUGAAUGGCGCCCGUGGGAUUACAAGCGACAACAUGUCUGAUAACAUUUAUGUUACAGGAUCCGAUUCAAACAAUAUUUUACAAAUUUCAGGGGAUGGUUUAAAGCACCAAGUAUUGCUUGAGGAAAAAGACGGAAUUUUAAAUCCAAGAUUCAUUGACGUGAGCAAAGACGGUAAAUAUCUCGUUAUAACGAAUCAGGAUGGAAAAGAACUUUUGUUGUACGAAAUUUGCUUUGACAUUUGACAUAACUUUUGUCGCGGUCAUUGUAGUCAUUGUCAACAAUUUUAUUGUCACUGUUUUAAUCGUUGUUCACUAUUUUUAAACGCAAAUAUUGACUGGAAGAAGUAUUUGUCAGUUUUUGUCGGCGUUUUCAAUCGAUUCUUUAAAGUGAUUUUAUGUAAGUUAUAAAUUUAUUUUAUAAUUGAGGAACUUGUUUAUCGUCGAUAAGGAUCAUCAUUCAUGAAAGCGGUAUGGCGAGUUAUUCUGCUUCGUUUUACUCAAGACGACAGAAUCCGAAAAUUGCUAAUAAGAUUUAUUGAUAUUCGAAAACUGAUCAGUUUCAAACUAUAUGUAUUUUAAAGAUUUUUCAAGAUUUUACAUAUAUCCAUAAAUUCAAAAUGUGGUUUGGUGUGUUAACAGCUAUUGGACUUUGAAACAGUUUUCAAACAAUGCUUCAAAUUGUACAUGUCUUUGUAAAAUAUAUCGUGAAAUGACACCAUGGACAUUCAUAAAAAGAAAAAGAAGAAUAACUCUGUAUCUAAAAUGUGCAGCAUUCAUCCUAUAGAAGUAACAUGUACACUACUCAAAUGUCGAAAUCUUUAAAAAUUGUAGCUUUUUUUUUUUUUU